AACAAGGCACACAUCGUUGACCUCUUAACACAAAUCAAUCGUCUGAGGUGGCAUACGCCUUCAAAAUCCGCGGGAACGGCGGCGAGGUUUAUCCGAUCGCGCAGGAAAGGUGUCACGUGCAAUAGAACGUUCCAGAACCGGCAAGUGACAUGCUGUUCACUCCCUACUCGUUUGAACCAGUCAACGCAAUCAGGCAACCGAAAGCUCAUCCCAGUUGCUUGGGCUCUUGGGGAAAAAUCCUAGCUGGCGAAAUUUCGCUGGAGGGGGGUCUACUCUGGGGCCUCGAAAAAUCCCAGCUGGGGAAAUUUCGCUGGAGGGGUCUACUCGAGGGUAUCGAAAAAUCCUCGUCUGGGAAAUUUCGCUGGCGGUGUCUACUCGAGGACCUCGAAAAAUCCCAGCUUGGGACCCACUGUGUACGCUUUUGGCCCCCUUCCAACCGUCUCGCUCAUACUAGUCCCGGUUUUUCGGCGUCCCAGUCCAUUCGUACUGCGACAUUCCCCGUACCGGUCCUGCAUUUCCCGUGUACUGGUACGGUUUGUCCCGGUACGGUCAGUACUGGUCCCACCGCUCCGACGUACCAGUCCAAUUUGCGUACCAGAGGUUCAGGAACAGAUUUGAUUCGCUUAGUCGAAGAGACGGUUUACCCAGAUAGGCCCUGGCAAACUUUGGCGGGUAGUGCUGUUCGAUGUUCUCUCUGAACAUCGAACAGCCCCAGUUAUCUCGCAUGAGAUGUCGGAGAGCAGCCAAUCAUAUAGAUCGCUGGGGCUGUGAAAGGUUCGAGAAGGUUCGAUGCCUGAGUCACAUGAUGACUCCACCAAUGACGUACGCCAACUCCGAUGCGUACCCAGGUUCCUGCAUCGGCAGAUCGGCUAAGGCGGGAGUUCGCAUACUUGGCAUACGCAGAUCUACGGAGGCGAUGCGCUGCUCACGUUGUU